UGCAGGACUCGGGAAGAUCACCCAACCCUGGCGAAGCUCCAGAGACAGCGGAGAUGAUGGAACUUGAUCCUGAUGCUCAAUCCGCCCCUCGAACGAGCGAGACGACGCCAUGGGCGCCUCGAGAGGACUGGAGGAGCAAAUCGUACACGCCAAGCAGACGUAUUCCUGCCGACGUCCAGAAGGUGCUCGACACAGCCAUUGACGACCGACCCUACAGAACAUGGACAGAUAAGGACGGGCGGCAACACAGCACCGCUGGCGCCCUGCUCCCCCCGGGAUAUCAUCAGUCGGACGAUCCAGCCUACCCGUGGCUGUGUGCAGUCAGGUCUUGCAGGAGAAUGUUUGAGAGUCUACAUGGUCUAGGGAGGCACUAUUGCGUCAGUCCCAACACCGUCACCAACGACCGGCAGGCAGGGCGCUUCUGACGUUCGUUCCUCAUCU